AUCCUGACGGUGUGAAGUUACUGGGGCGCGAAACGCCCCAGUAUCUUCACAGGGGUAAUCCACCGAACCAAAAAAGGUGCCACGCUGUCGCAACCGAGGCUCCUCUGGUCGAAAUGUCGCGCUGGAUUGGAAUUUCAAUGCACCGCCCAUAUUUCGUGCGUUCGUUGGGUGUAUUUUGCUCGAGCCAAUUAGAAAGCAUGCUGCUGAUUUCAUUUGAAUUGGUCAACUCCGAUGUGGCGGAUCUACAGUACUGUCAGUGCUUCCAGAAGCGAGUUUCUUUUCUGCUCCCCCCUACUGACACGCUCCUGUGCGCAGAGCCACAAAAUCCGAUAGGUCGUCACCAAUUCCGAGCCUAUUCAGGUGGCUCUUUCUCUCGCGGGCCUGGGGCCGCCCAUUUCAGUGCGCCCCGAACUGUUGAAGCUUGACCGCCCCACUACGCGACAUAGGGUGUGAAAAUACUAGGUGUGAAAUUACCGCGGGUUAGGUGUACCCGCCCGGGUCGGGUACCCGUUACCCGGAUCCGCUUUUGGGGCGGGUCGGGUAUCGGGAAUCCUGAAAAUUACCCGGCGGGCCGGGUUGGGGUUACCCGGGCGGGUAUUCAAUACCCGCUACCGGAAAUGGUACCCGACCCGAAAUCGGGUAGCGCGUCUACCUGACGGAACCAGCGCGACAUUGAUCGCGCUGGUAGAGAAAUUUCAGCAAGUUUUUAGGUUAUGUAGCUGCUAGGUCACGUAAAGCAUUGUAGAGUGGCAGGGGUUGGAUUUCGUAUAUCCAGAUGUAUUCAGAGCGGUUGAAUUGGGGGAAAUUGGUUGAAAUUCCAACCAAUCGAAUUUCCCCUAUCGAAUUUGCAACCCAACCUGAAUCCAACCAACCGCACAGCACCACAUUGGUUGGACUUCCAACCAGUUGACUCUGGGGGUCAAAGAUUCAAACCCCCUAAAACCGUACACAACCCCAUCCCAACUAGAAAACCCAACCAACUCCCCACUCAGGCCCCACUCACGCCCCACUCACCACACCAGAGCUGUUAAAGAUUUGGCGCACCUCAUACUCCCUCCCGCAACUGGCGUUUUUUAAGCACUAUCAAGGUCGUAGGUUUAGUAGCCCAACAGGGUAGGAAAACGCGGGUAAUACUACCCGCUUUUCAAGGAAACCGGGUCGGGUAUACCCGGACCCGCCAGGCGGGUAUUAAAUUACCCGCCCCCAAAUUCCGGAUCCGGGUAUUGGUCCUGGGCAUGUUAUCCGACCCGUACCCGACCCGAAAAUACCCGACCCGAUGUCGGGUAUAGCAAAACCGGGUCGGCUCGGGUAAAUACCCGGUUUUGCUCAUGCCUAGUACCAGGUUACACGGUUGAAACUAGGCGGAGAGGUUAGGGAAAGCCCGUGAGAGGGUGGAAGCAACCAGGGGCGAAAGCGAGUGUAAAAUCAGGGGCACCACGGUUCGUGACGUAUGAGACUGCUCAGAACCUGGGAAGUAGCGCGCAACUGGUACUGUGGGCCGUUAGAUCUGUCCCAAUUUCAGAUCUGACGGUCAGCUCCCUAGACAGUUGAAUCGACGGUUGGAAGCGAAGUAGAAAGUGAGAGCAAAAAAAAUGGAUUGUCGGCCGUUGGAUUUCCGAAGUGUGACUGGCUCGGUGCGGAAAACCAAAUUCGAGCCAACUUUACCCGAACCAGGAUUUCGGUUUGGGAAAGUUUGUCGAAACAAAAGGGCCUCGCUACCUGCUUUUCGUUUUCACCAAUUCUUCAGCACCUCGCCCUCCAAUCACCGAGUGUCUUCCCCAACCAAGUGUUGAAUAAUUGGAAUUAUGGGACCCUGGCUUUAAAGGAGUGGGAAGAAAAAAUCCCUCGCGGUAUCAUCAGCGACAGUAAUUGCCGCCUUUGCAACUGGUCGAAGGAGGCACUCGCCAGCUAUGGGUGGAGUGCCGCCAUCGGGAUUGGUAAGGGCCAAGAGGCGGGGCAAAGUGAGGCGUGUGGCAAUUGUUUCAGGUAGGCUCCCUUUCAGGGCGAUGUUGACAAGGCUGAGUAAGUUGGAUGCCACGGCGGAGUUGGUGAGUGCUCUUUCUCGAAGGUGUUGGAAUGUGGUCCCCGACUCCCCGGGGUCGUGUUGCCACUCCGUGUUUCCAAGCAGUGCAUGCCUCGCUCACACAUGACGUGCCUUUUCAUGUUGCUCCUUUUAAUUUGAUUUAGUUCUCUCAUCAACUCCUCACAUCAUACAUGUCCCUCAUUUCGCUGCCUCCAUCCAACCCCACGUGCCCCACGAAGCAGCGACAUAUCAGACUCGGGUCUCACAUGUCCUUCAGAUGCUUCCAGCUGUGUGGUACCCCAGUCCAAAACAACUCCCUUCUGCCAGAAAUGCAUGAUGUUCUGUGCCACAUGUACAGUUAACAAAGGUGAAAACGAUCA